GAAGAAGAAAAAGCUAACCAACAAUGGCGACCGAGUUUCGGAUGGAACUGCUCCCUUCGGACCCGCUGUUGCACAUAUUGUCCUUCCUUGACUUUAGAGAUUUGAUCCAAGUGAGUUCCACUAAUAGGAGGCUGAAUGAGUUGUCCAAACACAAUCCCCUGUGGAGGUCGCUGUGCUUCAAACACUGGCUGAUCACAGAUGAUGAGCGGCUGCAGAGCGGACGGUCCUGGUACAACGUCUUCAGCGUGUACUACGCUGACCUGGGACGCUACAUCCACUACUACCCGCUGUUGAAGAGAGCAUGGGAACAGCUGACCAGUUUCCUGCGGCAGAGAUGUCCACGCAUGAUUGUGUCGCUUAAAGAAGGUGCCACGGAGGCAGAGCUGGGGAACAUCGAGGCUCAGAUCGGCUGUCACCUUCCGGACGACUAUCGGUGCUCGUACCGCAUCCACAAUGGCCAGAUGCUGGUGAUACCGGGGCUGAUGGGGAGCAUGUCGCUGUCCAACCACUAUCGCUCAGAGGUUCUGCUAGAUGUGGAGACAGCGGCAGGGGGCUUCCAGCACAGGAAGGGGAUGAGAUCCUGCCUCCCGCUCACCUUCUGCUUCCACACAGGCCUCAGCCAGUAUAUGGCCCUGGAGCACACAGAAGGGCGCCGCAUGUUCGAGAGCUUCUACCCCUGCCCCGAUCAGACAGCCCAGGAUCCUGCAGCCGUCGACAUGUUCAUCACAGGUUCGUCCUUUUUGGAGUGGUUCACCACCUACGUCAACAACGUGGUUACGGGAGAGUACCCCAUCAUCCGAGACCAGAUCUUCAGGUACGUGCACGACAAAAGCUGCGUGACGACGACGGGGGAUAUCACCGUAUCAGUUUCAACCUCCUUCCUGCCCGAGCUUUCCUCCGUUCACCCGCCGCACUUUUUCUUUACUUACCGCAUCAGGAUCGAGAUGGCGAGCAGCGCGCACCCCGAGGGGGCCUGCCAGCUCGACAGCCGCUACUGGAAAAUCACCACCUCUGACGGCAACGUGGAGGAGGUGCAAGGACCCGGCGUGGUCGGAGAGUUCCCGGUCAUGACGCCAGGAAAAGUCCACGAGUAUGCCAGCUGCACAACCUUCUCCACGCCAUCAGAGUACAUGGAGGGACACUACACCUUCCACAGACUCGACAACAAGGAAGUGUUCAAUGUGGCGAUCCCCCGCUUCCAGAUGGUGUGCCCGCCAUUCAGAGAGCCCACGUUGCGGACGGAGUCGAGCGAUUACACGUCGAACUUUGACGGGAGCGACUGCGGCAACGGAGAUGAAGAUGACUUCAACGGUCUGCGGGGAAUCAACAUGGCCGCCCUGGAAGGAGCGUGGUGCCCGCGACACAUCUGAUGUUGGCGUUGUUAUGUGGGGCCGUUAGGGACAUUAUUGAGGAUUAGCUCUCACACUUACUAUUCAAAUGCUUUCACACACACACAAACUACUGAAAGGCUCUCAUAAACACAACUGAAACCCUCUCAUACGCACGAGUCUUGGUCUCAUGAAGACUACUCAAACACUCUCAUAAACACUGCUCAAACACUCAUACGCACGAAUCUUGCUCUCAUAAGAUUACUCAAACACUACUCAAACACUCUCAUAUGCACGUGUCUUGAUCUCGUAAAGACUAUUCAAACACUAAUACACAUGGGUCUUGCUCUCAUAAAGACUACUCAAACACACUCAUAAACUCCUAAAAUGCAUUCACGCGAUCACGUCAAUCACAUUCUCGCACACGUCACUGACAUUCAUGGGUUCAUGUCAAUCAUGGUCACGCACACGAUUAUGCUCACGUGAAGAGUGUAAAUCUUUUAUUAGGUACUUCAAUUCAAAAAGUGAAAUUAUAGUGAUACACUGCACACACUCAGAGUGAAGUAUUUCAUAUUUAAAAUAUGGAUAAUUUUGAUGAUUAUAGCACAUAGCAAAUAAAACAUUCCCCAUAUCGAGAAACUAAAAUAUAACCUCAAACGAAAUACUGAAUUAAUUCAAGAAAUAAAGUGAUUUUUAAUGUAGAAAUUAGGCUAGAAUUUGCCCUCUGAAAAGUACUUCAGUGUUUAAUCACUCUGAGUACUGAAGAAAAACUUAAAUUGUUCAACUAUAUUCUAAUUUAUUGAGAUGUAAUUUAUUGACGCUCACAUCAACAUGUCAAAUGUCUGCACACAUACAGGUCAAAUAAGAUCACACAAACGUCAUAUCUAUUCACAUACCAUCCUCAAAUCCAUUCAUAAAAUACACUCAAAUCCUUUCCCGUAUCCAUCUCAAAUGCUCACAUGCUUGUGAAAAUAGAUUUAGAGAUUAAAAUAGAUUUACACAGAUAGAUGGAAAGAUACCGAUCUGUAUUUGUCUAAAUCCAUCUAUAUGUGUUAAUAUUUAUUAAUCUAGAUCUGUUUGUCAAAAUCUAUCGAUCGAUCUAUCUAUCUCUUUGUUGUCUGUAUUUAUCGAUAUAAGUCUCGGACUGUUUGCCAAAAUCUAUCGCUCUAUCUAUCUUAAAAUAGGAUUUUAUUUUUUUCACAAUCAUCUAUGCGAUCAUCUAUCUAUGGAUAUGUGAAUAGAUUUUACGUUUAUGCGAGCUUAUUUGACCUGUAUGUGUGCAGACAUUUGACAUGUUUAUGUGAGCGUGUAUUUAUAUGAGUUAAAAAGUGGUUUCAAAAUAAAAUAUGGCAUUGGCCAACAGCCAUAAAAAAAUUUUUUGUUGAUUAUUGUGUUACAAUAAUGCUUUUCCUCAUUGAUUUAAAAUGCGUGCUUUUAAUGUGUAAGUCCUGUAGGAUAUGACAUAAUGGUCGGCCAAUCAGAAGCCGUGUCGUGUAUGACGUAGGGCUAGGCUGGCUCGUCUAUCAUGAGUGACACGCCAUUAACCGGACGCGGAUGCUGCUGAAUAAAUGUGCCUUUUGGGCUAAAGCGCAAGUGAACGUGUUUACUCCUGGACUAAAUACAUAGUUUCAACACCGCUGCGUUAUAAUCUUAAAUGUAUACGGGAUGGCCGGGUAGUCGCAUUUAAGCUCCCCUGCGCCGGUGUACCUAAUGAGGUGGCCAAAGGGAAUUAAGGAAUUUAAUUGUCGUGUCAUAGAUAUGCACUACAGACUACACACACUCAGUCAAAUAUUUCAUGACUUUUUUAAAUAUAGGUACAUCUCAAUAAAUUAGAAUAUAGUUGGACAGUUGAAAAGUACUCAUAGAGUGACUUUUCAGAGGGCAAAUUCCAGCCUAAUUUCUAUAUUAAAAAUCACUUUAUUUCUUGAAUUAAUUCACUAUUUCGUUUGACGUUAUAUUUUAGUUUCUCAAUAUGGGGAAUUUUUAUUGCUAUGUGCUAUCAUCAAAAGAAUUAUAAAUAUUUUAAAUAUGAAAUACUUCACUCUGAGUGUGUGCAGUGUGCAGUGCAUCUCUAUCAGUUCACUUUUUGAAUUGAACUACCUAAUAAAAGAUUUACACUAUUCACGUGAACCCGUGAAUGCCAGUGACGUGCAAGAAUGUGAUUGACGUGAACGCAUUUGAGGAGUGUUUGAGUAGUCUUUAUGAGCGCAAGACUCGUGUGCAUGAGUGUUUGAGUUGUGUUUAUGAGAGCCUUUCAGUAGUUUCUGUGUGUGCGCGUGUGUGUGUGAAAGCAUUUGAAUAGUAAGUGUGACAGCUAAUCCUGAAUAAUGUCCCUAACGGCCCCUCAUACGUUGUCGUGGUUUAUUCAGUUUUCGCUGGUGGUGGAUUCUCGGGAAAGCCAUAGGGGCGCUGUUGCCUUGCAGCUUAUCUUGUCUGCACAACUUCAAGGGCGCUUGGAUAGCUUUUGAAAGAUAUUUUCAAGAGAAGGCAAUUAUGAAGCUUCACGCUCGGCCAAGAGGAAAUUCAUCACUUUUAUUUUGUCCCUUUGGAACUCUUUGGCUUCCAGCAGCCAUAACAGAAUCCUUCUAUGCCGGUAUAUGCCAGUCUUUUUUUUGGGGGGGGGGGUAUCCAUCAAUGCUUUAGUUUGACAGUCUUUUAUUGCAGAUUGGAGUAAACAGUGGUUUUAGUUUAAAGUCGCACAACAAAUGUUGCACUCGAUCACUUCCUGCGGUGGCUAAAAAAGAUCAUCUCUCCGCCUUUAGCCACUUUUCUUAACGAGAAGCUCGGUGACGUCAUUGUAGAUUUUCUUUGUUUCUGUGGUAAAGUGAUGCAUUACUUUGAUGUGAUUGGUGGCUUUGGUAUUUGUUUCUUUGUGAUGACUCAAUAAAUGUUCAUCACUGCUUCACGUCA